AUGGAAAACGUAAGCAAAAGGGACAUCCUUGUGAAUUAUUUAAAGCUGUGCAACAAAGACGAUAUGGCAGAAGCAAUGAUGAAAUACUGCGAUGAGGACCGUGGGAUAGUUUUCAACAGGCACCCGGCCAGAAACGAGAAAAAAUUUGGAGCGAUCUACGACUACAGUGCUUCUUCGCAGUCCAAAAUAUCAAGCGCGACGAGCUCUUCGCACGAUUUAAAAGGGUCAAUCGAAAAAGGGAUCAAUCAAAGCAAUCGAAGUCGUCAGAGCAUAGUGCAAUCCAAAUGCUUCUAUAAGAGUAAAAGCUCUCUGGAAAGUCUGCAAAUAGAUAAGCACCCAAGCAGUUACAUACCAUCCAGCAGAAAACAGAAAGUGCAGGACAUAGUAGUGCAGAGGAAUGACCCCAUUUCAGAUGUGCUGGAUGACAUGUGUGAGAUUGUAGCACCUGAAGGAAAGGGCAAGUUUUUAAAAUUUAUAGGGGAAAAUUACGUGUACGUCUUGCUGGAAAAUGGCACAUACAAUUGCUACCCCAUGGACCUGCUCAAGCUAAAUCGAUCCUACCUAAAGACAAACGCAAUGUACAAUAUUCGUUUGAACUACAAAGACAGGGCGUUAAAUCACACUAGGAAUGUCUUAAAAGGUAAAAAUGCUUCUUUGCAGCGUAAGGAGACCCCCUUAAAUGAACAGAGAGGAUUUUCCAACGAGUUCGUCGCAUUUCCUGCUCAUGCGAACCAUUUGAGAGACUACAUAGUGAAGAACGACUUAGAGGAAGAAAACAUUCCCUUGAGGAACUACUUGGAGAAUCACCUGGAAAGUCACGUAAUGCGUCUUCCCUUGAAUAAUUAUGAAUCAGGUGGAGAUGAACCUGACAGGAGCCACGUAACGGGGCACCACAAUUUGGCUAAAAAGAUAGUUAAAAUUAGAUCGUUAAAUAGUAGGUAUACGUUGGAGGGAUCCACGUGGAAUGCCCCCAUGUAUCUCAAAAUUGCAGGUGAAGAAAGUUCCACCCCUUGCUGCUGA